AAAUCUUUGUGACACAACGUAGAAAACAACUUGAACCGAAAUGAAAAUCAUUUUGAUUGGUCUUUUCAUUUCAAUCCUUGCAGUGCAAGGAUAUAAAGAGAAUUGUCGGGACACAAUGGAAAUUGAGCCAAAUUGUGGAAAUUAUUGUUUUAAAGCCGUAAAGCCUGUCCUGGACUAUACAAAGUUUAUCCAGACCCAAAUGGAAGACUUGAAGAAUAAACCGGAAUAUUUGGACAAGCUGGAGAAAUCUGAACAACAGAUAAGAGUCAAGAUUGAUGAACAAGAUAAAAAACUUGAAAAAUCAGAACGAAAAAUAGAAUCAAGGCUUGAAUUACAAGAUAAAAAUAUUGAACAGAAGCUUGAAGACUUACGCAGAUUGAUUGAAUCGAAAAAUGAUAGGCGGCCAUUUCGGAAAAUUGGCUCAAAAUAUUAUUAUAUUGAACAAUUGGAAAAUUUAAAUUGGUUCGAAGCUCUUCAUAAAUGUCUCACAUUAGGUGGACAUUUGGUUAGUAUAAAAAAUCUGUCUGAGUUUAACGCAAUUAUAGCUACACUGCAGCCUCACAAACAUUAUUGGAUUGACCUUAACGAUCUUGGUACUGAGGGAGUCUUUCUUUCGGUAGCCACCGGCCUUCAACCAACCUAUGUCAACUGGCAUCCACCAGGACCAGACAACUAUCGAAAUCUCGAGCACUGUGGCGAACUGUGGUGGCAUAACAAUAAGCACCUAAUGAAUGAUAAUCAGUGCAAUACAAAAAAAUUCUUUAUUUGUGAGCCUUAUAAUCAAUAAUAUAUAGUAUUCUAAUGAAAAUGUCUAUUGAGAAAUUUUAAAUAAACCAACAAGAUGCAUUCCAA